GAGCAUGGUGUGAAAGGGGGCACAACCAUUGAAUAUACAUAUACACAUAAGCAUUGUUUUACAUAUUAUUUAUAUAAUAUGUAUGUAUAUAAAGUCUGUGCCUACCUUUUAUUCUUGUCCGGCCAGUCCACUUGAGUCUCUCCCAGGAUGUGGAGUAUGGCUCAAUUUGCUUCUAAUGAUGAAAUAGAGCCACCGAGAAUUGAGCAGGCAGAGAUAGCAACCCAUUUGAGAUCACCUUUCCAGUACCAGACCUCUAGUUCCAGAGCCAGUUCAGAGUUUUUUUCUAUAAAGGAUGACCUUGACGAUGACUAUGCCACAAAGUGGGCUGAACUUGAUAGACUACCUACAUUUGUUCAGUUGAGAUCAUCUUUGUUAGAAGAAAAUAAAGUAUCCAAAAGGGUAAUUGAGGUUACUAAGACCGCUUCUCUAGAGAGACAUGUGUUUGUUGAAAAGCUCAUCAAACACAUCGAGAAUGACAACCUUCAACUGUUACAGAAAAUGAGAAAAAGGAUAGAUAAAGUUGGUGUAGAAUUGCCGAGAGUGGUAGUGAGAUAUAACAAUCUUCGGGUGGAAGCAGAGUGUGAGGUGGUUCAUGGCAAGCCGCUCCCAACUCUAUGGAAUUCACUCAAAAGCAUUUUUUUUGACUGCACCAAGGUACUUGGUUUGAAGCCACAAAAGGCCAAGAUAAACAUCAUUGAUGAUUUCAGUGGUAUCAUUAAGCCUGGAAGGAUGACUUUGCUGCUCGGUCCUCCAGGAUGUGGGAAAACUACUUUAUUGAAAGCACUUUCUGGCAAUCUAGACAAAUCUCUCAAGGUUUCAGGGGAAGUUCUUUACAAUGGUUACAAACUGGAAGAUUGCAUUCCCCAGAAAACUUCUGCUUAUAUAAGCCAAAAUGACCUACACAUGCCUGAAAUGACUGUUAGGGAAGCACUUGAUUUUUCAGCUCGCUUCCAGGGGGUUGGAACCCUAGCAGAGAUCAAGGCUGAGGUCAGCAAAAGGGAGGAAGAGGCACGAGUUGUUCCAGAUCCAGAUAUAGAUACGUACAUGAAGGAAAUUUCCAUUGAAGGACAAAAGACUACCCUCCAGACUGACUACAUUUUGAAGAUUUUAGGACUUGAUAUUUGUGCUGACACACUGGUUGGUGAUGCCAUGAGGAGAGGUGUCUCCGGCGGACAAAAGAAAAGAUUGACUACAGGGGAGAUGAUUAUAGGUCCUACAAAAGCUCUUUUUAUGGAUGAAAUAUCAAAUGGCUUAGACAGUUCCACCACAUAUCAAGUUAUUGUUUGUCUUCAACAGCUAGCACAUAUCACUGAUGCUACUAUACUUGUGGGACUUCUUCAACCAGCACCGGAAACCUUUGAUCUCUUUGAUGACAUUAUCUUGAUGGCAGAAGGGAAGAUUGUGUAUCAUGGACCUUGUAGUCACGUUCUGGAAUUUUUUGAGGAUUGUGGGUUUAGAUGUCCUGAAAGGAAAGGGGUAGCUGACUUCCUCCAAGAGGUUAUCUCAAGAAAAGAUCAAGCACAGUUCUGGCACCAAGCUGAACAGCCGUACAGUUACAUCUCCGUUGAUAUGUUUUCCAAGAAAUUCAAGGAAUCUACUUAUGGGAAGAAGCUAGAUAAUGAGCUAUCACUGCCAUUUAUGAAGUCUCAACAUAAGAGUGCAAUUUCUUUUAGCCCAUAUUCUCUUUCUAAAUGGGAACUGUUUAAAGCUUGCAUGUCAAGGGAAUAUCUACUCAUGAGGAGAAAUUAUUUUCUUUAUGUAUUCAAAUCAACUCAGCUUCUUGUCACAGCAUCUAUCACAGCGACUAUAUUCUUGAGAAGGCGGACGCGUAGUGAAGUCAAUCAAAUAAACAUUUAUUUGGGUGGUUUGUUCCUAGCUACCAUCAUGAUUUUUUUCGACGGACUUCCGGAGUUGUCCUUGACUGUUGCAAGACUUGCUGUCUUCUACAAGCAGAGAGACUUGUGCUUCUAUCCAGCCUGGUCUUACGCAAUCUCAUCCACCAUUCUCAAGGUCCCUAUUUCACUGUUGCAAGCUCUAAUUUGGACUUCUCUAACUUACUAUGCCAUAGGAUACAGUCCUGAACCCGGGAGGUUCUUUCGACACCUCAUUCUACUAUUUGCUCUGCACCUUGUUGCAACUUCCCUGUUUCGUUUCUUGGCAUCUGUCUUUCGCACCAUGGUUGCUUCUUCAACUAGUGGAUUUUUGACGGUGCUAUUCUUCUUGUUAUUUGGUGGCUUCGUUCUCCCAAAACCCUUUAUCCCAACUUGGUUGAAGUGGGGAUUUUGGGUAUCUCCCUUCACUUAUGGUCAGAUAGGCCUUACUAUAAAUGAAUUUCUGGCUCCAAGGUGGCAAAAGACAUUGGCAGGGAAUACGACGAUAGGGAAUGAAACACUUGAAACCCGAGGACUUUACUUUAGUGAACACUUCUUCUGGAUAUCAGUUGGUGCCUUAAUUGGGUUUGCAGUGCUUUUCAAUAUUGGGUUUAUCUUGGCCUUAACCUUUUUAAACCCUCCUCGGUCUCGUGCCAUUAUUUCCAAUGAAAAGCUAUCCCAAAUACAAGGAAGCCAAGAUUCCUCCAAUGUUGCUGGUAAAGCAGCGCAGUCGAAAAGUUAUCAGAACACUACAUCAAAACCUCAAAAAGAUCAGCUUGUUUUACCGUUUAAGCCCCUUUGUUUGACAUUUAAAGAUGUGCAAUACUCGGUUGAAGCUCAAUUGAAAAACCUCCAACUUCUUUGUGAUAUUACGGGUGCAUUAAAGCCUGGUGUUCUUACAGCAUUGAUGGGCGUCAGUGGAGCUGGUAAAACAACUCUUCUGGAUGUUCUUGCCGGAAGAAAAACUAGUGGUACUGUUGAAGGAGAUAUCCGAAUAGGAGGGCAUCCAAAGGUUCAUGACACGUUUGCUAGGGUUUCGGGUUACUGUGAGCAAACAGACAUUCAUUCCCCACACAUUACAAUAGAAGAAUCAGUGGUUUAUUCUGCUUGGUUGCGUCUGCAUCCUGAAAUCGAUUCGAAAACUAAGUUUAUAUUUGUGAGAGAAGUCCUUGAGAUCAUUGAGCUUGAUGAAAUAAGGGAUUGCUUGGUUGGAAUGCCUGGCGUUAGUGGUUUAUCGACUGAACAACGAAAGAGGCUUACAAUAGCAGUGGAGCUUGUUGCUAACCCCUCUAUUAUUUUCAUGGAUGAACCUACAACUGGAUUGGAUGCGAGAGCCGCUGCAAUUGUUAUGAGGGCCGUAAAGAAUGUGGCUGAUACGGGAAGAACAAUUGUUUGCACCAUUCACCAACCGAGUAUUGAUAUAUUUGAAGCAUUUGAUGAGUUAGUCCUAUUGAAAAUUGGCGGGCGUGUUAUCUACUCUGGACCACUAGGUCAACAUUCAAGCAGUGUCAUCAAAUAUUUUGAAGAUGUCUCUGGGGUUCCCAAGAUCAGGAAUAAUUACAAUCCAGCGACAUGGAUGUUAGAGGUCACUUCGACAUCGGCAGAAGCCGAACUUGGCAUCGAUUUCGCCCAAGUUUAUAAGAAUUCCGUCUUGUAUAAGAACAAUAGAGCACUUGUAAAUUCUCUGAGUAUUCCUCCCGAUUCGAAAGAGCUACAUUUUGCAACCCGUUUCUCACAAGAUGGUUGGGGACAAUUCAAAUCCUGUCUGUGGAAACAACACUUGUCUUAUUGGCGAAAUCCUUCCUACACAUUGAUGCGCAGCAUAUAUUCGCUAAUCUCGUCUUUGCUUUUUGGAAUUCUAUUUUGGAAUCAAGGGACGAAAAUAGAUAACCAGCUGAGACUUUCGAAUGUCCUUGCGGCAAUAGCCACUGUUUCAUUCUUCACAGGCGUAAACAACUGUUCAUCAGUUUUACUGUAUGUCUCAACGGAACGAUCUGUUUUGUAUCGGGAAAGGUAUGCAGGAAUGUACGGCUCAUGGGCUUAUGCACUUGCUCAGGUCAUGAUUGAGGUUCCCUAUCUCUUGGGCCAAACAAUGAUAUUUGUGAUCAUCACAUAUCCCAUGAUUGGGUUUUAUUGGUCUGCCUUCAAGGUUUUAUGGUACUUCUAUGCCAUAUUUUGCACAUUGACGUACUACACUUUCCUUGGAAUGCUGCUUAUUGCAAUGACACCGAGCUUUCCAAUAGCGGCGGUUUUGCAGUCACCGUUCUAUACCUUAUUUAACCUGUUCGCUGGGUUUUUUAUUACUGAACCGCAAAUUCCUAAGUGGUGGACCUGGAUGUAUUAUCUAGCACCUACAUCUUGGACCCUAAAGGGUGUACUUACUUCUCAAUAUGGAGAUAGACAAGAGAAGCUUGUGGUGUUUGGUGAAACUCAAACUGUCAAAGUCUUUUUAAGGAGUUACUUCGGAUAUAACCAUGAUCAACUGGUCAUUGUGGGCGUUGCUCUCAUUGCUUACCCUGUUGUCUUUGCUCUUCUAUUUGCAUACUGCAUACAGAAAUUGAACUACCAGAAGAGAUGAAUGUUAUGUGUACUUCCAAGUGAAUUGAUUUUCAUUGUAAUCACUCCAUGACUUUAAGUUGCUAUGUUAUGUACUGGAGUUUAUGUUAAGUUGAUAUUUUGUUGUA